GAAAAGGGAUGAGCCGCCCAGCCUCCUCUCUCUUGGUCCCUCCCUUUUUCCUACCCAGUUCUCCCAAAAAAAAAAAGCGCUUUUUCUCAGAUGCAUCAGACAGACGAAUUGGGGCAAAGGGACCAGUCUCUUCGCUGACUCCCAGGAAUUAGCGCUCAACUUCUGGGAACUUGGUCUGGAAAAGGCCAGCACCCAACAACCGAGACUGACCCCACCGCGCCGCGCGAUGGGCGCCGCGAGACCACCGGCCGCCGCCUCCUCGCACCCAGGAGGGCCCCUCAGUGAGUCUCCUUCCGCCGGCCCGCGCUGAGCGCCGGGGCAAUGGCAAACUCCACCGAGAAUCGCACCCUCGGCUCCUGCUUCCGGAGCGCCAACGGCACGGAGGCGUACCGCAGCGAUGCGGCCGCCUCGCCGUGGUUUUCCACCGUCUUCGGCCUGAUCGGACUCUCCUCCAACCUCUUCGCCUUCUGCGUGUUGGUCAACUCCUCCCGGAAGAUGCACAGCCGUUCGCGCUCGUCUUUCCUGGUCUUCCUCUGCGGGCUGGUGGCCACCGACUUCAUGGGCCUCCUAUUGACCUUCUCCAUUGUGGUCCCGUACCACUUCACCCGCUUCGACUGGAGGCUGGUGGACCCUGGUUGCCACCUCUGCAACUUCAUGGGCCUGGUGAUGGUCUUCUUCGGACUGUGCCCCUUGCUCCUCGGUGCCACCAUGGCCGGAGAACGCUUCCUGGGCAUCAACCGGCCCUUCUCUCGCUCCACCAAGAUGACCAAACGGCGGGCAUGGACGUUGGUGGGGCUGGUGUGGGCUGGGGGCUUCGUCCUUGGCCUUCUGCCCGUCUUCGGCCUGGGCGACUACACUCUGCAAUACCCCAACUCUUGGUGCUUCCUGACGUUGCUCCAUGACUCCAGGAACGUGGUUUUCUGCCUCAUCUUCGCUCUUCUCGGCCUCUUCUGCGUGGGCCUCUCCUUCCUGCUCAACACGGUCAGCGUGGUCACCCUCUGCCGCGUCUACCAUGACUCCGAGUCCGUCCAGCGGCGGCGAGACAGUGAGGUGGAGAUGAUGGUGCAACUGUUAGGCAUCAUGGUCAUCGCCAGCGUCUGCUGGCUCCCCCUGCUGAUCCUCAUCGCGCAGACGGCGCUCCAAGCUCCCCGAGGCGACUUGCCCCUCAACCAGAUCCCCCGGGACACCGAAAUCCAGCUCCUCAUCUACCUUCGAGUCGCAACCUGGAACCAGAUCCUGGACCCCUGGGUCUACAUCCUCUUCCGGCGGGCGGUGCUGCGAAGGAUCUACCCCAGUUUCAAAACCCGGCCCUCCAUCGUCUCGCUGUACCCAGUGCUCAACCCAUCCCUGAGGAGGAAAUUUACCCAGGAAUCUGUGCUCCAGUAGGACAGGGGGUCUGUGACGACGGGAGGGGAGGGGAACGUGGUACAGCCCCUCCCUGGCGAAGCCUGUCUGCGCCCGUGUCUCCGCAGCAUCUAAGCUCCGAUGUGCGCCGCUCUGUGCUAUAAACAGUGCAGCGAAGGCGCUCUCAAUUUCCCGCCGCCCGUGCCAACAGUUCUGUGCCCUUCACAGGGCCAGGUCCCCAACCCCAAACUGGUGACCCCCUAACCUAGCAUGAGCUGCGAUUCCUUUAUUUCCUGGGGUUCGGCUAAACGUCUCUCAGGGUUCCCAAGUUUGCGAGUCGGUUCCGAACGGUCGAAGGAGCCGGGUAUGUUUUCGCCUCCUCCGGCGAUGUUAAUCCCGGCUGGAACAUUGGCUAAGGUGACCAGAUUUUUCCAAUGAAUUCAGGAACGCUUUUCAAGUUCCCACUAAACAGAUGGAUUUUGACAAAGGACUGAUCUGUAAAUCAGGGAAACGGGGACGUCUGGUAACCUUAAUGUAGGCGGGUAAAAGGUAAAGGGACCCCUGACCAUUAGGUCCAGUC